CUGGGAAGCAGCUCAGAAAGGCUCUCAAGUUAGUGCAGCUGCUGGUUUCCGACUUGAGAGCUGCUGCCGGCGAGCAGCUGACAGGAGGGAGGAGAUCAGCUUCUCGCUCCAAAGGGGUUGGUGUGUCAGGUUUCCAUGCAGAGCACGUGUGGAUAAUGCGAGCUGCAAACGCUGCUGCCUGCUCCAGCCACCGGGACAGAGCGAGCCGAGAGCAUGGGGCAGGUGGCUUGGAAGGGUUUAUUUCUGUCGCUUUUUGAUUAUAAAACAGAGAAAUACGUCAUUGCGAAGAACAAGAAGGUGGGGGUUCUCUAUCGAGUGGUGCAGCUCUCCAUCCUGGCUUACUUGGUGGGGUGGGUGUUUGUUGUCAAGAAAGGCUACCAGGACACAGAUACAUCCCUCCAGAGCUCUGUCAUCACCAAGCUGAAAGGGGUAGCCUUCACCAACACCUCGGAGCUGGGGGAGAGGCUGUGGGAUGUUGCAGACUACGUCAUCCCUCCACAGGGUGAAAAUGUCUUCUUUGUCAUGACGAAUCUGAUUGUGACCCCAAACCAGAGGCAAGCCACGUGCCCUGAGGUAGGAAGAACUGAGUCCCUUGGCUCCCAGACCCCUACAAACCCUGGGAGUACCAGCAUUCCCGAUGCCCUGUGUUACAAGGACGGGGACUGCCCGGCAGGGGAAGCGGUGGUGGCUGGCAAUGGGGUUAAGACUGGCCGCUGUUUGAAGGACAGAGAUGGCAUCAGAGGGACUUGUGAGAUACUGGCCUGGUGCCCAGUGGAGAAAAGAUCCAAGCCCAAGACACCACUUCUCGCCAGUGCAGAAAACUUCACUGUUUAUAUCAAGAACUCAAUCCGCUUCCCCAAGUUUCAGUUUUCCAAGAUGAACGUGCUGGCAACCGAUGAUGAGUCCUACCUGAAGAGCUGCCGCUACAGCACGGAGCAUCCCUACUGUCCCAUCUUCCUCCUGGGGAACAUCGUCCAGUGGGCUGGGAGUGACUUCCAGGAAAUGGCCUUGGAGGGUGGUGUGAUAGGAAUUCAGAUUGAAUGGAACUGUGAUCUUGAUAAAGCCCCUUCUGAAUGUAAUCCUCACUAUUCUUUUAGCCGACUGGAUAACAAGUUUGCAGAAAAGACCAUCUCUUCUGGGUACAACUUCAGGUUUGCCAAAUAUUACCAGGAUGCUGAAGGGGUUGACUACAGGACGCUCAUUAAAGCAUAUGGAAUCCGUUUUGAUGUGAUGGUGAAUGGCAAGGCAGGGAAAUUUAACAUCAUUCCUACUAUUAUCAAUAUCGGUUCCGGUCUUGCUCUCAUGGGAGCGGGAGCUUUCUUUUGUGACCUGGUGCUGCUGUAUCUGAUUAAAAAGAGUAACUUUUACCGAGGCAAAAAGUAUGAGGAAGUAAAGUCCAGUUCCAGGAAAUCCUUGUCUAGCCCUACACUGAACGGGAAUCAGGGCCCUGAGCAGCUCGGUGGGCUCUAGGCACAGCGAUAGGUCUGCAAGCUGGACUCGUGUUCCAGGAAAAUCAUGCAGGUGUGAAAUCACACCAGGAAUGGAGGUGGAGAUACCCCAGAUCAGAUCUGCUGUCUAUUAUCAGAAUUUCCAGAGGAAAACCAGUCCUUUAAAGAACAACCUUUUUUCCCCGAGAUGUUCUCUGGUAUCCUGAGCUUGCAAGAGUGUUGUCACUAUGGAUUUAUAAAACGAUUUUAUAAAAGGACAAAGAAGACACCAAACAAGUGUUUUUAUAUCUCUUGAUAGAUACAUCUGUACCUACAUCAACAGCCAUUGUUAUCCUGAGGCUGUGCUUUGCUUCCAUGUGCAAAAGAGCUGUGAUAUGAACCACCACUGGCACCCUGAGGCUGAGACUCAACCUGUCUCCUGCUUUGCUGGCUUGUGGCCACCACUUCCGACUCUCACCUGUGUUAAGUGCCAGAUGAGCUGGAAAGCAGCAGGACUGCUCUGGUUGGGAGGUGCAAUGAAAUACAGCAUCGCAGCAGUUCUCGGAGCCUGGGGGAAAGGCGAUUAUUAUCCUGCAACGUCUGUGCUGGCUGUGCCUGUUUGAGAGUGGGGCAAUUGCUCCGUGUGUGUAAUCAUUCGGGCUGAAAACAGUGCUCCUCUGGGAAAAGCCUUCGCACCACUGCAACACGGUGCUCUGCUCAUCUCAGGAACAGCUGGAGAGGGUCCUGCUGCAGCUCUGAAUGGAGAAUCAGUUCAGCCUGGCUGGGUCCCAGCUACCUCACCCGCUGCCCACAGUCUCCAUUUGUAGUUGGCCCAGAGAACCGACACGUCAGAACACAGAGCAGGACCAGCAGGCAGAGGAGCAGUGCGAAGCAAGGCAGGGAGAGAUGUUUUUGUGGUUGACAGUGGGGCAAAAAGGGAGUGAAGGCACUGAAAAACAAUGUUGCACAGAGAGUAUCUGCGUGGAGACAGCCUUAGGUUCUCCCUCCUUUGUUCCGUGGGAGGUUUCCUUUGCUUCAGUUUGUCCUUUCUGCAUCACAUACCAACUGCUCAUGGCGGGGAGAGACCUGGACGGGGGACUUAAGGCUUCUGCUGUUUUUCACAGUACCCUGAACUGUACUGCAGCGGUUGGAAAAGGGAACUCCACCAGCUACAACAGGGUUUUGUCAGAUUCUUCCAAAUACACCAACAGGAGAAAAAAAAUGUAGAGGACAGAAUUCCACUACUUCCCCAUGUGGGUAACUUCCCAGAACUACGAGUGCUCUUUUGUUUCUCAAUAGAGAACAGAGUCUCAUUGCAGGCCAUUUUGUGAAUUUAUGCUCAGGUGGGGAUGUAACCAAUCUCAGUAAAGCGUUUGUGCAAUAUCAUUCUUUACUUUAAAAAUUUGCAGUUGCUUGAGUGGACGGGAACUGAGUCCUGAAGACAGCAGGUGAGUCGUUCUGCCUCAUUUAAAGCUGUUCAUGGCUGGACAAACUGACCCGUGUUCUAUGAAGGCCACCAGGUUGACAUCGAUUGGGAGUCAUGACGACAAAUAUUGUUUCUAUGCACUGUUUGAGUAACAAGACUAAAAGGUCUUACAUGCUGCUCAGACAGCUGUCGGAGGCAUUACAGAGAGCUGCUGUGUUGAACAUGACACACAAAUGCAAACAGCAACCUACACUCCCUUUUGCUUUAACCUCUUUAAGAUGGUUACUCUGAGGUACAGGUUGUUUCUAAAUUAAAACUCUGAAUCUGGUCACCAAGAGCAAAGCCCACCAAGUGUAGUCUACUUCUGCUUUUGUUCAGAUGCAGAUAUUACUGAGUCAAACAUUUAGCUAGAAAAUAGAAGAGGAUAAAUUGUGUACCUCUGAUGCUGUAAUUGCAUCCAAAGCCUCCUCUCUUCAUACCAAAAAUCUCUCCUCUAGAAAAACAUGAGUUAACAUGUGUUUAAUUGACAUACUAAUAACACCGCACAGGCUUUUGACUGUUGGAGCUUAAUUCUAUUUGAAUAGUUUCUAGAUGGUGAAACACAAGGUGAACCCCACAUGUGACAUCAGGCCGAGACACAACUUGUGGAGACCAAGUAGCUUACCAGUGCGUAAAGCUGACCGUGCUCUGCUGAAAUCAGUGUUUUCACUUGACAAAACAACAUCCUCUUGUUAGAUGACCAAAGCUGUUUACUGAAUUUAAGCCUUCAGCCCUCCAAAAUUCCCUAGACUAUUUCCCUUCUUUCUACUAUCUGUUUAACUUAAUUCCCACAACAACUGCUGUUAAUAAAAUGUAACCAGAUCCCUUCUCAAGCACUUGUUUGUUUCAGUUUGAUUUUUUUCCCCCUUGUAUUUAGGGUACAGCAAUAAAAGCUGCCACUUCAGGGGAAUGCUCUCAGAGCCUCUUCUGUACAGUGUGUUUUUUAGGUUGCUCACACUGCCUUCUCUUUGUGAUACAUACUCAUGCUAAGUAAGUCAAUUAAACACUAAGUUUGCACAAGCAGGUCUGCAGCAAAGACACUGCCUGUAUGGGAGGUGAUCGGCUUUUCCUUUGUUCCAGCUAGAGACCUGUGGAACCACAACAACACACAGUUCAAUGACAGAAAAUGCCAGCAGGUUUAGAAGUCUUCUGUACAGACUGAGCCGUCGGGGAGUAAGACACUGCACUGACUUGGUUGUCACUCAACACAAAUGGUGCUAAAAAGGAGCAAAGCAUUUGCCUUGUGAAAAUAUUUUACUUGGUGACUUUUCCGUAUGCCAGUGAAGAGCAAUCCAUGCAAGAACAUUUAUUGACAGCGUGUACACACAGUGAUUGUCGAAGAUACCAUUUGCACUAGCAACCCACACUUCUGUAUCAAACCGUGACAUACACUUCAUUACACACUACUGUGACGUAUUGCCUUGUGUCAGUGAAUUAGUUUUAAGAGUGCUGCGUUAUAACCUGCUUUUGUGAGGGGACAGGCAG